UGAGAGCAGGCAUGAGUUUGAGACACUGAACAAGAAGCCGACACAAGACGGAGUCUGCUGAGAUCUUUCAACGUCUAGGAGCGACACAGAACUUCUCUCUGAAAGACCUUUAAAGGAGCAAGCAGGAUGUCUUCAGCGAAGGGAAUAUCCAUUGGCAUUGAUUUGGGAACCACUUAUUCUUGCGUUGCGGUUUUCCAACAUGGCAAAGUGGAGAUCAUCGCCAACGACCAGGGCAACAGGACAACUCCCAGCUAUGUGGCCUUUAGCGACACAGAGAGGCUCAUUGGAGAUCCUGCAAAGAACCAGGUCGCCAUGAACCCCACCAAUACAAUAUUUGAUGCCAAGCGACUAAUCGGAAGAAAGUUUAAUGACUCCAUCGUCCAGUCCGACAUGAAACUUUGGCCUUUCAAGGUGAUCGAUGAUAACGGAAAGCCCAAAGUUCAGGUGGAGUAUAAAGGUGAAACCAAAAACUUCUACCCCGAGGAAAUCUCGUCAAUGGUCUUGGUUAAAAUGAAGGAGAUAGCCGAGGCCUACCUGGGACAAAAGGUUUCAAAUGCAGUCAUCACAGUGCCAGCUUAUUUCAAUGAUUCUCAGAGGCAAGCCACUAAGGAUGCUGGAGUGAUCUCUGGUCUGAAUGUUCUGAGGAUCAUCAACGAGCCCACAGCAGCAGCGAUUGCCUACGGCUUGGAUAAAGGUAAAAGAGGAGAGCGCAACGUGCUCAUCUUUGAUCUCGGUGGAGGCACCUUCGACGUGUCCAUCCUGACCAUUGAAGAUGGCAUCUUUGAGGUAAAAGCCACUGCAGGAGACACACACCUUGGUGGAGAAGACUUUGACAAUCGGAUGGUCAGUCACUUCCUUGAGGAAUUUAAAAGAAAGUACAAGAAAGACAUUAGCCAAAAUAAGAGAGCAGUUAGGAGACUGCGCACCGCUUGUGAGAGAGCGAAGAGAACCCUGUCCUCAAGCACCCAGGCUAGCAUUGAAAUCGACUCUUUGUUUGAGGGCAUCGACUUCUACACCUCCAUCACAAGGGCACGCUUUGAGGAGCUCAACUCAGAGCUCUUCAGGGGAACACUGGAGCCAGUGGAGAAAGCCCUACAAGAUUCUAAGAUGGAUAAGUCCAAGAUCCAUGAAAUCGUCCUGGUUGGUGGCUCCACAAGAAUUCCCAAAAUCCAGAAGUUCUUGCAAGAUUUCUUUAAUGGCCGAGAAUUGAACAAGAGUAUCAACCCAGAUGAAGCAGUGGCUUAUGGUGCAGCAGUCCAGGCUGCCAUCCUCAUGGGUGACACUUCGGAGAACGUCCAAGAUCUGCUGCUGCUGGACGUGGCUCCCCUGUCUCUGGGUAUUGAGACUGCUGGUGGAGUCAUGACUCCGCUAAUCAAACGCAACACCACUAUUCCCAGCAAGCAAACCCAGAUCUUCUCCACCUACGCUGAUAACCAGCCUGGUGUGCUAAUUCAGGUAUAUGAGGGGGAGAGAGCCAUGACCAAGGACAAUAACCUCCUGGGCAAGUUUGAGCUCGCUGGUAUCCCUCCUGCCCCCCGAGGUGUACCACAGGUGGAGGUAACUUUCGACAUUGAUGCCAACGGCAUUCUGAACGUAUCCGCCGUCGACAAAAGCACCGGCAAAGAAAACAAAAUCACCAUCACCAAUGACAAGGGCCGCCUCAGCAAACAGGAGAUUGAGCAGAUGGUACAGGAUGCUGAAAAGUACAAGGCUGAUGACGACCUGAAGAGGGACACGAUUUCAGCAAGGAACUCACUGGAGUCUUACGUAUUCAACAUGAAGAGCAGUGUCGAGGAUGACAGUAUGAAAGGAAAGAUUCAGGAGGAGGAUAAAAAAGUUGUCAUUGACAAGUGCAACCAGACAAUUUCCUGGCUGGAAAACAACCAGCUGGCAGAGAAGGACGAGUAUGAGCACCAGCAGAAAGAACUAGAGAAGGUGUGCAAUCCCAUUGUGACAAAGCUGUACCAGGGAGCGGCACCACCACCAGGAUGCAGCAGCGGCUAUGCAGGAGGCAACGCUCAGGGUCCCACUAUUGAGGAGGUGGACUAAUAUCAUGAAUGUCAGUAUUUUGUUUGCAGGAAUAUGUCAACCUAGUCACAGUUGUUUUUUUGCACAUCUAUUGUUAUUUAAUUGUUAUUAUUAUUUGCUAAUAAUGAUACAAAUAUUUUAUAUGGCUGUGAUGUUUGAACAUUAAACUGGGAAUUUUCCUCCUAGUCAGUAAGUAGGUGUAGCUAAAAUUGACCACAAUUAGCCCUCAAUCAACUGGCACUCAAUAUAGAUUUAUAUUCUGCUUUGUUCACUUUUCCGUAUUGUGUCCUCUCACAGCACAUUUGAAAUAAAGUUUCAUCAAAAUCUCCAAA